AUGCGCGACGAACUAAACUCGACCAGUCCAGCCGAACUCCGACUUAUUGCGCUGCUGAGCCUACUGCUCAGCUCGGCACUGGCUGAGCCCUCACCGACCAUUGCACCACCGAUUGUGCCGUGCGUGCAUGCUAACGGCGCCGCUGGCUACUCGUAUGCGCCACCGGCCGAAGUCAAGUUCUCCAUAACACCUGGCGUAACAAAGUAUAGCCAGUCGCCGGCCAUUUCCAGCUACUCGGAGAAUGGCAAACUGCUGCAUUCAUCCGUUGGCAGCGCGGCUGCUUCGUACGAAUCCACCGCGGGGCUUUCGGGUUAUUCGCACGGUGGUGUAACCCAGAUAGACAAGUACGUGGCGCCUAUACAGAAGUCGCUAUUUACACCCUCGGCGUCAUAUGGUGGAGCUGGCAUCACUUAUGCCGAUAAGUCCCCAGCUGCUAAAUAUGCAACUGUGGUGCCAUCGGGCAUUGAGCUUAAGAAUUUGGUUUCGCCAGCCUUAACCAAGACAUUGCUGACUGCUCCCAAGCUGGACAGUGGCUAUUUACCGCCGUCGCCGGCCUUGACCAAGGUGUCUACAUAUUCGUCGCCCGGCUACACCUACAGUCAUUCAACUCCAGGCAUUUCCAAGUUGGCCACUUAUACGGCGCCCUCCGCUUCCAGUUCGGGCUACUACGCGCCACAAGUGACCACCAAAGUGGAGACCUACACCUCACCGGGCUAUACGUACUCGAAGGCCACGCCAGGCUUCUCCAAAGUUGAAACCUACAGCUCACCGGGUUACAGCUACGCUCAGGCGGCACCAGGUCUAGCUAAGAUAGCCACCUAUUCGCCCUCAGUAUCCUAUAGCGCACCUUCUAUUGCUAAGGUGGCCAGCUAUGCAGCGCCUGCUCCUGCGCUGAAGCUAGCUACUACAUCAUCGCUGCUGUCCUCACACGGCACGGGCUACGCAGCCAGUUAUGCGCCAGCGCUUUCCAAGUACAGCCAGGCUGCAGACGUUUCGCAUCAAUAUAUUUCCAAGCCCAUUGUAGCUGCUUAUCCCGCAGCAGCUCCAGCAAUUGCUAAGGUGGCCACUUAUGCAGCACCAGCUGUGGCCACCUAUUCCGCUGCGCCCGCCGCAAGCUAUUCCAGCUCUGGACAUGGCGCCAUCUCUCACCAGUAUGUCUCCAAGCCCGCUUUGGCUACAAUCUCCGCUGCUCCGGCGAUUGCCAAGGUGGCUAGCUAUGCAGCACCCGCCAUAGCCUCCUACUCUGCUGCACCAGCCAUCACUCAAGUUUCCUCAAGCUACGGCAGCUCUGGACAUGGCGUUGUCUCCCAUCAGUAUGUAUCCAAGCCCGCUGUGGCCACAAUUUCUGCUGCUCCAGCGAUUGCCAAGGUGGCCAGUUAUGCGGCACCAGCAGUGGCUACGUAUUCGACGGGCCCAGCACUCUCAAAGAUUGCCAGCUAUGCAGCACCGACCAUAUCCACCUACUCAGCUGCUCCGACUAUUUCCAAAAUAGCUACCAGUUAUGGCAGCUCAGGCCAUGGCGCAGUCUCCCAUCAGUAUGUGUCGAAGCCCGCUGUAGCUACGUAUGCAGCAGCUCCUGCUAUUACUAAGAUUGCAAGCUAUGCUGCUCCCGCUGUAGCUAGCUACUCCACUGGGCCAGCCCUCACGAAGAUAGCCAGCUAUGGUGCCCCUGCCAUCGGUUCCGUGCACUCCAGCGGCGCCGUCUCGCAUCAGUACGUUUCCAAGCCAGCUACAGUUUAUGGUAUUGCCAAGGUCGCUACCUACGCCACUCCAGCCAUAUCCACAUACUCCGCUGCUCCGACCAUCACCAAAUUGGCCACAAAUUAUGGUAGUUCCGGACACGGUGCCGUCUCGCAUCAAUAUGUCUCCAAGCCCGCAGUGGCUGCCUAUGCAGCUGCUCCGGCUGUUGCCAAGGUUGCCAGCUAUGCUGUUCCUGCCAUCAGCACAUACUCUACAUCUCCGGCAGUUGCCAAAGUGGCGACCUAUAGCCAAGCUGCUGACGUCUCCCAUCAAUACAUAUCCAAGCCCAUCGUUGCCGCAUAUCCUGCUCCAGCUCCAGCGAUUGCCAAAGUGGCCACCUAUGCAUCCCCAACUGUGGCCACCUAUUCCGCUGCGCCUGCCACAAGCUAUGGCAGCUCUGAACAUGGCGCCAUCUCCCAUCAGUAUGUCUCCAAGCCCGCAUUGGCUACAAUCUCCGCAGCUCCAGCAAUUUCCAAGGUGGCCACCUAUGGUGCUCCCGCAAUAACUACCUACUCAGCUGCUCCUGCCAUCACUAAGGUGUCCACCAGCUACGGCGGUUCUGGACAUGGCGCUGUUUCCCAUCAGUAUGUCUCCAAGCCCGCUGUGGCCACAAUAGCUGCGGCUCCUGCCAUUGCCAAGGUGGCCAGUUAUGCGGCACCAGCCUUGGCUACGUAUUCCACUGGUCCAGCACUCUCAAAAAUUGCCGGCUAUGCAGCACCCGCCAUAUCCUCCUACUCAGCUGCUCCUACCAUCACCAAAGUAGCUACAAGUUAUGGCAGCUCUGGACAUGGCGCAGUCUCCCACCAGUAUGUCUCCAAGCCCGCUGUGGCUACAUAUGGAGCAGCUCCUGCUGUCACCAAGAUUGCAAGCUAUGGUACUCCUUCUUUAGCCAGCUAUGGAGCCACGCUCUCCAAGACCUAUUUGCCGGCUGCGCCUGCUGUUGUCGCUGCUCCGGCCAUUGCCAGCUAUGCAGCCCAGCCUGUCGUUACAAAAGUGGCCACUAGCUAUGGUGGAUCAGGCCAUGGUGCUGUGUCCCAUCAAUAUGUGUCCAAGCCAGCGAUUGGCAGCAUCGCAUCUGGUCCAGCUAUUGCCAAGGUGGCCACUUACUCAGCUCCGGCCGUUAGCCACAUUGCCGCAGCGCCAGCAAUCGGCUUGGGAUAUGCAGGCACUGGACACGGCAUCACCAAAGUGGCCAGCAGUUAUGGAUCCUCAAGUCAUGGCGCUGUCUCCCAUCAAUAUGUGUCCAAGCCAGGGAUAGCCACUGUUGCCGCUGCUCCAGCAAUUGGUAGCUAUAGUCACGGUUAUUCCGCAUCCAAGUUGGGAUUGGACGUGGGCCUGGGCCUGGGCCUGGGCUAUGGCUCCACUGGACACGGCACUCUCUCGACUCAAUACUUGUCCAAGCCUGCAGGUGGUGCAUUGCUCACCAAGUUGACUACGGCACCAGCAACUGGUCACGGCUAUGCCAGCAGUACGGCCUAUGGAAUUAAUGCGGGUAAAUUAGCCUUGGGUUCGGCUGGCGCACAUGACGCCUCAUAUUAUGGCGCCAUUUCACUUGGUCAUGGCGCCGUCUCACCUGCACUAACUUAUCACGGGGCUUUAGCCCAUGCCACUGGUGGUUUGGCACAUCUGGGGGCUCCACUCGCUGACUACAGCCAUGGAUCUGGCAUUGGUCCCUUUGGAGCUGGCUUCAAUCGCUAUGCGCCCAGCGUUUCAGCACUGAGCGCUCAUGCUCCGCUAUCGCCCUCUGCCUAUUUAAAGUCCGCACCUGUGGCACAGCAUGCGCUGCUAAAGGUUUUGCCGGAGAAGCAUCUCGAGCAUUUUGAUGCGCAUCCGCGCUACGCUUUUGAAUAUGCGGUAAACGAUCCUCAUACGGGCGAUAACAAGCAUCAGCGCGAGGAACGCGACGGCGAUGUGGUCAAGGGCGAGUACUCAUUGGUUGAGCCCGAUGGCAAUGUGCGCACCGUCAAAUACUAUGCCGAUUGGGAGACGGGUUUCCAUGCCGAGGUCAUUAACAGUCGCGACCAGGGUAAAAUUGUGGCCAAGCGUCAGACAGCAGCCAAGUCGUGAGCGACCCUAACGGAUCUGUGACUUGUUUUGUUUGCCAGCAACUGUAAAUAGCCUACGAUUCAAUUUUCUUCUCAUUAAACAUUAAACAUAUUUAUGUAAAUCCCACAACAACAACAACAACAACAACAACAACAGCAACGACAAGCAACAAGAGAGCCGCCAUCUUGCACCAGUUAUCGUUACUCAUUAUUUCUAUCUCUUUUUUGCUCAUGUGAUAAGCGUUUCCCAUUGGACUGCUUGAACUGCUCUCUUUCUCAUUAAACUGCGCGUUUUCACAGAUGUGUAUAUACAUACUUAUGUCUAUACGUGUAUAUAUUGUGUAAAUUGUAAAUUGUUAAUUGAAUAAACGACAUUUAAGAACGCUACAGUCGAGAGCGCUCGACAUUGAGAUCAUUUUUAACAAGAAAUUCUUGGCUUUAUAAUACUCCUCAAACAUUUACAUUCCGAUUGGAGACGGGAUCGGAACGGGACCUCCGUGGAAAUUUUUGAUAUAUAAGGAAUGAGUGGAAUCCCGAUAUUAGUUGGGCGUUACGAAAUCAAAAUUACAUUACAUUACAAUUUUCAUAGUGUUUAAAUUUGAUUUGUGUUUAAAAAU